CAAAAUUUCACCACAUGCAUGCAUGCAGUAAUUAUUUGAGGCCAACGACUUUGAACCUCUAAAUUUCAAUAAAGAAAAUGAUAAAGUUAUCAUCUGUCACUUGUAAGGAAAUGCCAAUAAUCGGACUUGGAACAUUCAAAUUGAGAGGUAGAGAUCUUGUGUUCCAAACAUUGGAGGCAGCGCUUGCUGCAGGAUACAGAUCUAUUGACACAGCAGCAGUUUACAGAAAUGAGGGUGAUAUCGGGGAGAGUUUGAAGGUCCUACUGCCUAAGUUCAGUCUACAGAGGGAAGACCUCUUCAUUACAAGCAAGCUGGGGCCAAAAGAUCAGGGUGCAGGUAAAUGUAGACAAGCUUGCUUGAAGUCUUUGGAAAAUAUGCAGACUGAUUACUUUGAUUUAUACCUAAUACAUUGGCCUGGAACACAAGGCAAGAAACCUGAGGACCAGUCAAAUAUUCAACAUAGACAGGAAAGCUGGAAAGACCUUGAGGAUCUUCAAAAAGAAGGAAAGUUACGAGCUAUUGGCAUCUCUAAUUAUGAACAGAGACAUUUGGAGGAGCUCCUGUCCUAUAGUUCCAUACCACCAGCUGUACUGCAGAUAGAGCACCAUCCACACCUUGUACAGACCUCACUGGUAUCUUACUGUAAACAACAUAACAUCCACUUUCAGGCUUACUCUUCAUUAGGUACAACUUCAGAUGAUAAUAAGUUGUUAAAAGACCCAACAGUUGUGACAAUAGCAGAAAGUUACAAGAGAACCCCUGCUCAGAUCCUGCUAAGAUGGGCUGUACAACAAGAUAUAGGAGUUAUACCAAAGUCAACAAACCCUGUUCACAUCAAAGAGAACAUAGACAUAUUCUCAUUCAGUUUGUCUGACUCUGAUAUGGAUAAGCUGAGCAAUCUAGACUCUCAGCAUCAUUAUUGCUGGAACCCGGCUUCUGUCACUUGAUGAAGAUAAUAACCUUCAAGGGACCAGCUGUUAAAUCAUCAUUCUGAAGGGGCUUUAUACUGGAAUCCAGCUUCUGUUACAUGAUGAAGAUACAAUGUACUAAAUUCUAGGAACCAGCUGUUUAAUCAUCAUUCAGAGGAGCUUGUUUAGGUUAUUGCUGGAAGGUGAAGAUAUAUUUACUUUUAGGAACCAGCCAUUGAUUAUUCACUAAUCUAGUACAUAUUUGGGCAGUUGAAACAACCCCAGAUUUGAAGGGACACUUUAUCUGCUCCGUAUAAAACUGUGCCCUGUAGAGCCUGGUACCAGUCCAUCCGAUGUUUGUAUAGGCAGCAUAUGCAGUAUCAAGAUUUGGUAUCUGUGCAUAUAAUGUGAAAUGAAAUUUGUUAUUUUGGACCGUGCAUUCAAUUAGAAUUAAGACUGAAGAUAUCCUAUUUACUUGGAGGACAAAAUUGGUAGCGUGAAUGGGACAUUCACUUCUUCUGCAGUAUGUCUGACUGAUACGUGCAGCCUGCCUGUCUUUCAUUGAUGCCAGGUUCUGUGGUCAAGUUCUUGGCUUAAUUAUGAAGCUAACAUCACAGACUUUUGAUCAAAAGUUUUUAGUUCGAAGAGCUUACUAAUAGUGUCGGUCAUUGUUUGCUGCAGUGUUCAUCAAUCAACAUGAUAAAGAGUGCCGGCAAUCAAAUUAAGAGAGAGUUCCUGUUACACAGAGCACCAAGAACAGCUGUAAAUUUAUACUAGGACGUUGCAGAUAGGUACCUUGUGUCAAAGUGAAUGUAUCUAAAGUUGUGCAUAAAAAAUUAGUCGUCUUGAAGAACAUUUUUUAGCUCACCUGAGCCAAAGGCUCAAGGUGAGCUUUUGUGUCAACUUUAUGUCCGUUGUCCGUCUUGUCAACAUCUUCUUGUCUGCAGGAUAAUGGUUUCAUUAUGUCUCCCACACCACUGUGUGGUGGGAGACAUAUUGAUUUACUCCUGUCUGUGUGUCCCUCUGUCACAAAUCUUGUAGGCAUUCUUAAGUCGAACAUUUCUCAUCCGAUCAUCACCAAACUUAAACAAAAUGUGUUUGCCAAUAAGUCCUCAGCCAAGUUCGACAACUAGCCAAAUCGGCCCAGGCACUUCGGAACUAUGGCCCUUGAAACAUUGUUUUUAUGCCCCCGGCAUCUACUGUUGUGGGAGGCAUAUAGUGAUUGUCCUGUCCGUUCAUCCGUCAGUACGAGGUUAACCAGAUGGGACCAUUUCAUCUAGCAUCAAUACCCCUUAUUAGAAUGACUUGAUACUAAUGCAGAUGUAACUUGUGACCAUUCCUCCAGGGUUCUCACUAGC